UCUACAAAAUAAUGACAAAGUUUACCUUGAGUCUACUCGGUACAGUCAUAUUUAUGUCAAUAAGAUAUAGUACUAAUGAAGAUUCUAAUUAUUGUAAAGUUUGUGAUUUUGCUACUGUUAUAUACGCAGAUAUAUCUGAAAAACCUCCCUAUCCACCACCACUUACAACUCAUACUGCUGCUAUAGAAACUACCAUUACUACUACAGGUUGUCCAAAAACUGAGUCUAAUUUUUCCCCUGAACCUUAUACUUCUGUUCUGACAUGCCCAUCAGUAAACCAAACUGUAACAGAGCUAAAUCAAACAAUAGUUUGGCCAGAAACAUUGAAAAAUGAGUACACAGCCUCCGAUCCAAUUUGCUUAGAUAACACGUUCAGAGUUGUAAAGAGGCAAUGUGAAGAAAAUGAUUGGGGCUCUGAACCAGACUGUCCAAAAAUUCAACAUCAAAUAAAUCCUUGCCCACCGGGUCUUACUUCUCACAAGUCUAGAUACUGCAUUGAAACAGUUAAAGAAACUACUUUUCCUCCCAAUUGUAAAUACGCAAAUAGAAUUCCAUGGGAUGAUGUGGUGCAGAUUUUCAAAUUUUCAGUUCCUGUUUGGAUGCCUGUUAGAAGAAAUGUCUCUGAUCAGCUUGGAAUUGAUGUUUAUCGCUACAUUGAACCAACUUACAAGUACAAAAUACCAUAUCAGCUCUGCACUGAUAGCUGUAAAACCUUAUUUUACAAUGGUACAUUCACAGAUAAGGAAUGUUUAAUCUAUCAUAAUACUUCCUAUGUAGAAGCCGUCAGUUGCGAUGACAAAUAUACAGGAAUAUGUGUUUAUGAUGCUGUACCUCAUCAGAAGACCAGUUUAUGUCAAAAUCUUCAACCAGGAUGUCAACCUGGUGAUUUUCAAGGAAAUUCCGUAUGUUUUUGUGAAACCGAGAGUCGGAUGGUUGGUGAUCAAGUUUUGGCAGAAUUUCUUUCCCCAUACCAGAAUCUGUUAUUUACAAAUUCUUGCAGAAUUGGGUUGCAAAACAGAAUGGAAUCUGAUACACCUUUCAUAUGGCAUAACUCCUUAACACCUUUAAAUUAUUCUUAUUGGUCUCCUGAAGUCGAGUAUAAUAAUCAGUUUGGGGUAUUUACCAGUAGAGGAUGGAUUUUAGCUGAAAGCUCCGAUACACCUUGCUCUUUUUAUGAAUUAAGUAUAUCGCCAGAAGAAGGAAUAAUUGAGCUAGCAGAAGAAGAUUCUUAUAGCACUUUAUACUUACGAAUAUCCAAAUAUAAAAACUUCCUAUUUGGAGAAGAUGAGAAGCCUCAAGCUUAUUGUUUUACCAACUCGGGUGCAAAAACUAUUAUUGCCCCAAUAGAAAACUUUACUACGACUCAAAACACAAGUGAUACAGACUAUAUGAUAACGUUUAAUGGCUUAGAUCUAGAUCAGUCAGGACCAGGUUACUAUUGGUGUGAAGCAUUCUUAUACCCUGAUUUAAAAAUUGUGUCAUCUAAAGUGAUAUUGCUUAAAAACUUUAAAGCUGAAUAUGUGGCAAUUUUUAAAAUGAAAAACUAUGAGCAUAAACUAUCAUCAUUUCCACUGACACCAGAGAACUUGGAAACACUGCAGAACUUAUUCCGAAACGAGAUUCCUUCUACCACUACCUUCUAUCCAAGGAUUUUUAAGAUUAAUGCAAUUGAUGAAGAAAAAAAGGAGUUAAAUAUUACUUUUCAUCUGACCUCCUCAGAAGCUACCGGUAGCAGUGAGGAAUUUGAAUUAUUAAGAAAUAUCGCAAAAUCUCAAAUAUUAUUUUCUUUUUUGGAUUUUCGAAAAGUGGAUUAUUGCCCUAAUAUCACCACCUGGCAUAUGGGCACGAAUAUUAAUUGGCCUGGAGUAAAAAUAGGAUCUAAAACUCAUCCGUCCACUGGUUAUUGUGUAACAUUUAACGUUACUUUAAUUCAGAAAAGUUGCACGGGAAAUUUUAUAGAUGGAGCUUAUUGGGUUGACGUUAAAGACUUAUGCCAAUUUUAUCCAAAAUCUGAAGUAACUGAGGACUUACUAGAUAUUUCAAGCAAAACAGAUGAUGAUCAAUUUGAAGAUGCUUUGAACAGGUUACUUACAAAAGUAAAGGAAUAUUUUAAUGUAUUUAAUACUUUGGAUUUGGUUAUUACAGUGAACUUCCUUAGGGAUAUUUCUCUCAAGAAGCCAAAUAUUGAAACUUUUUCUGGUGUUAUAAACUCUCUAAUGGAUAUCCAAAGAAUAGUCCUAGUCAGUGCCCAAUUAAAUUUUAAAUCAACCGACAUUCUUCUUCAGAUAAUCGACCAAACGUUAAAAAAUGGUGAUUUUGAAGAAAGCAAACACUCAAAUUUUGCAGUUAAAUUAAUUAACGUUGCCGAAUACAAUGCACGGGGCAUUCAAAUUUACAAUUGCACCGACAACAAAAACUGCAACAUAAGAAUUUCUGAAAGUUCAAGCAUUUUGAGUCAAGAAGAUGCGGUGGCUGCUGUAGUUCUCAGUGAUGAGCUUUAUAAUCAAAUUAUUACUUACAGUCAAACCAACGCUAGUUAUAUUCCCAAACUGAUCCUAUCCGUGUACUAUGGAUCAAAUUUAUUCAUUGAACUGGAUAGUACCAAAUCCUCUACUUUAGUGUUUGGAAUACAACUACCAGAUUUUCCAGAAACCUUCGAAGGCCCUAUAUCCAUUUAUUAUUAUGCCAAUAUUAAUGCGUAUUCAACUCUCUAUAACUGCUCUUACUGGCAAUUUAAUCUUACUGAAAGUGGAUCCUGGGUUAUAGAAGAUACACAAAGAAUAAAUGAAGCUGUUGCUUGUAAUUUUUAUCACUUGACCAACUUUAGAACUCCUUUUAUCGUUGAGAGUAUAGUUGAAAACGAAACUAUACAUAAAGUAAACAUUACUACCAAAGACCCAUGCAAAAAUACUUAUUUGGGCAAGUUUUUAAAUAGAUUUUGCGUUACUAACAACUUUACAUUUAUCUCUGAAGACUUUAUAUUAACUCCAUCCAAAUCAGUUAAGAUGGUCUUGGGUCAGUUGAAAAAUACUGGAGUUUCAGGUUUAACUAUUAAUGAUAUAUUGGAGUUGGUCAACAUAAUGACGAAAAGUUAUAAGAGUUUAUCAAAGUUCGAUCUAUUUGUUGUCAUGGGAUUCAUGGAAGAAUUGAACAAUAUUACUGGAAAUGAGACAGUAAAUUUAACUCAGUUGAUAGGUGUUAUGGAUAAUAUAAUGAAGGUUCCAGCAGCAACCAUCUAUGAAGCACAAAAAAGAUUUAAAUUUGUGGAUACCCUAAUAGAUACAGUAGAACAAACCAUAAUCAAGGCAGAUGUAGGACACCAGUCUGGAUGCAAUUUUGCUAUCAAGAUUCUAGAAAUCACUAAGAACAUUAGCGGUUUAACACUAAGUAAUUGUUCAGUAAAUUUAACUUAUUGUGUUAUGAAUGACAGCCAAUGGCUUCAAGGAUAUGAGAAUUUUACCACUAUAGAUACGAUAAUAAUGUUAUCACCGGUUUUACAUAAUCAAAUUUUAAAUUAUGCUAAAAAGAAUUAUGCAAAUUAUCACCCCAAAAUGGCUGUAUCGCUUUAUUUACCAAGUAAUCUGUUUAUCAGCUCAGAUAAUGUCACAAGUAAUCCUAAAUUGGUUUUUAGUAUCUUGCUUCCAGGUUUUAACGAAACCUUUAAAGGGCCUGUCACUAUAAUGUAUACUAAAAAUGUAGCCACUGUUAAGUAUAAUUGCUCUUAUUGGAAAUACAAUAGUACUCUUAAAGGUUAUUGGGAGGUUGAGAGCAGUAACACCAAGGACCAGCACGUUGUUUGUGAGUUUUAUCAUCUUACUACAUUUGCUAUAUCUUUAAUGCAACCUAGUGCUUCAACAAAUAAUCACGCUUUGCAAACGUACUUGGGUGAUAUGCCUGAAAAACACUUUAUGAAUUACGUUAACUUGCAACGCAAAGCAUUUAGUCAUAUUGCAACAAACAGUUUAUAUCUAUCCUCUAAAAUGUGUUUUGUAAAUUUUGUCACUUCCGCUUUUAAUUUGGAACAAGAUACGACCUCAUUUUAUAGGAACAAAUCUUUGUCUAAUCCAUAUUUUUUAGAACCUAGCUUAUUUCAGCAAAAUAGUAUAUUUUUUUUAAAUGAAGCUAAUACUAUCGAAGGCUUCUUACAGAUACUUAAAACAAUGCCUUUGUCAAUAUUCACCUUAGACACUUUAGCAGACCUGGUUAACUCAAUCAUGAACUUAGAUCCACAAGAAUUAUUUAAAGCUCAAAUGUCUUAUAAAGCUGCAGAUGAAAUUUUGUACCAUAUUGAUAAAAUUUUUAAAACUUUUGACGAUACCAACGAGGCUAGACGUGAAAAUGUGUUGUUUGUUACAGUGUCCAAAAAAGACGCUUCACAUUUUUAUGGCAUCUCUAUAGAUGAAUACCAAGAAGUUGUAUGUAUACUAAACGAAGAAGAACUAAAUGCUGAUAAUAGUUUUAUAGUUUCAAUAAGCCCAAAAUUACAUCAACAAAUUAGGGAUGCAAAUACACAAAUAGUAAUUGCAAUUUUUUUCAAACAUGUCCUAUUUCCUUCCAAAGAAAAUCUGGAUCCUAAACUUCCCAUUGUCGAAGUGCUUAUCCCAAACAUAAAAGAAACACUUCAAGGUAAUAUUUUGAUUAAAUACAAAGAUGCCAUUAAAGGUGCAUGCUCUUACUGGAAUUAUCACAUAAAAUCCAGUAAGCCUGGCUACUGGAACCAAGAAGUAGAGUCAAGUGUUUACAGUAAUUCCACCGUUUGCAAAUUUAACCACGUCACCCAUUUUGCACUAGUUGCUAGUAUGCAUAAUAUCACCACGGACUUAGAAGAAAUAUUAGCAUCAAAUUUAACCAGCAUUGAAAAAAUUACCCAAAUUGACGCCAUAACUUCAUCAAAUCACAAUAAUUUAGUUGCAAUAGACAUAUUUCUUAUAUCACAAAUUUUAACGGGCACAUUAUAUGAUGGGCCAUUUCCAGGCUUAACUACUAGAAUAAUUAGUAAUUUAUUCAAAGUUCCUAGAGAAGUUUUACGUGAGUCUCAAGAGAUUCAUUCGGCCACCGAUAUUAUUUUGUAUUGCAUUGACGAAAUUGCUAGACUCUUGGAUAAUUCAGAAAAUCAUCAACAUAAUUUUUCACUUAUAGUUAAAAAUUUGGAAAACACCAAUGUGACUGGAAUUAUUGUACAUGACUGCGAGACUGAUAUAUGUUCUAUAGAGCUUCUGGACUAUUACGUUGAUGUUGCCAAUUAUUCCAGUAACGAGACUGUGUCAGCCAUGGUGCUUUUUGAUAAGGGUUUGGUAGAGCAAAUUAGGAAUUUAACAAAAAAUACUACCAUAGCAAUUUCUUUAUUUUACAACGAUGCUUUAUUUAAUGAAAUUAGCUUGGAGCGAAACACAUCUAAGAUAUUUGGAAUAAUUUUUCCUGGACUUGUAAAUUCUAGUAACUUGGAAGGCAAUGUUUCAGUGAUAUACAAUGUGGGUACCAAAUCCACUAAAGAUAGCAACCAAUGUGCUUAUUGGUACUAUCAUCCAGAUCCUUCAGGUGACUCUGGAAAUGGUACUCCAGGAGAAUGGAUGAAGGAUAAUAAUAAAAGAAGAAAAAAUAAAAUGGCCAUUUGUAGUUAUACCCAUGUAACACAUUUUGGCAUGUUAUUAGCCAAUGAUAACGAGCUGGAUGAUGAUCCAAUCUUGGAUUUAAUUACAAGCAUUGGAUGUGGUCUGUCAAUAUUUGGCAUUAUUGUCAUCCUGCUGACUGCCAUGCUGUUUAAAAAAUGGAGAAGAAAUACUGGCAAUAUAAUUCUUAUGAAUUUCGCUGUGGCAAUAUCCUUGAAAAUAAUUGCAUUAUAUACCAGUGUAUAUGUGAGAAAUUACGCAACGUAUAUGAUAAGUUGUACAAUUAUAGGUGUUAUCCUCCAUUAUGCAAUUUUAUCUGAAUGUACUUGGAUGUUAACAGUGGCCAUCUUGCAAUUCAAAAGGUUUGUUGAGGUACUAGGAGGUCCACCAAAAUAUGUUCUUAUAAAAGCUUUGAUAUGUGGUUGGGUAUUUCCCCUAAUUCCUGUCAUUUGUAUAGUUUGUAUUGAUCCGAAAAACUAUGAAAAGGGUUUGGCAAAUGUAUGUUAUCCUUCAAAUCUGGGUUUAUAUUUAGGCGUGUGGCUGCCGAUACUUAUGAUCUUAACAAUAAAUGGUAUUAUAUUUAUUUUUAUUAUAUAUAACGUCUUCCAUAAAAAAACCGAGUGUAUCGACACGAAUCAUGACAUUUUGUUUCAGUGGAGACUGACUUUAUUGCUAUUCUUCAUGUUGGGAUUGAACUGGGGAUUUGGGUUUUUAGGCCAAAUUAAGGGAGAUGUUUUAUUUACGUACUUAUAUACUAUAACUGCUUCCUUACAAGGAUUUAUACUAUUUUUGUUUUUUAUUGUAUUUAAUAAAAGUACCAGAUUUCUGUAUACCCAAAGUGUUAAGCAGUGGUUUUAUGCGAGAGGAAUUUUUAAGGUUUGGCAAUCGGAUAAAUCCAAAAGUAGUAGUAAAAAUUAAUUAAUUUAUGUGAUAAGUUACGUAUUUUUAUUAAUAAAGUGAAUAAGCAUUGUCA